ACAUGGCGGCUCCCGAGAAAGGCAUGGCCAGACUUACCGGUGUAAGCAAUACUACUAGUUUUCAGAAAAAAUCCCGCAGCAAAUUAGUUUCUAUCCCAGGAACCAGACCGUCUGUACAAAACGGGCAGCUCAUAGUUUCCACCGGUGUCACCUCGCUUGACUACGUCAUUGGUGGUGGCCUGGCAGUUGGAACCCUGCUACUUGUAGAGGAGGACCGCUAUGACAGCUACUCCCGUAUGUUGCUCAAGUACUUCCUGGCAGAGGGAGUUGUGUGUGGACAUGAACUCUUCCUGGCAUCUGCCCGACAUCACCCUGAUGAGAUCAUGCAGGAACUCCCUUCAUUGAUUGUGGAUGAUGUUGCCAAUCUGAAAACCAAUGAGGGUCAGCCUCAGCCAUGUAAACCAGAAAAUCCAGACACAAUGAAAAUCGCCUGGCGCUACCAAAACCAGCCCAGAGUUCAGACUGCAUUGACUUCAUCAUUGAGGUUUGGACAUUACUAUGACAUUUCCAAGACCAUGAAGCCAGAAGUCCGUCAAGCAGCAAAGUGCCACAGUUUUUAUCCACUGCAGGAAACACCAGCAACCACAAAAACAAGUUUGCUGCCUUCACCCUAUCAUGCUCUCCUGAAGUCCAUUCAGGCGGUCAUCCAUAAAGAAGGGUUUGAUGGAUCCACACCACAGUCUAAGGUCCGAAAUGUCCUACGGCUGGGUCUUCACUCUCUGGGGUCAGCAUUAUGGGGAGAUGAUCUGUGCUGCAAGGAUAACCCCGCCCACCGCCACACCCUCACCACCUUCCUUUAUGGCCUCCGGGGCCUGUUACGCAAUUCACUCUCGGUCGCCAUGGUGACAGUACCCUCCCCCCUCAUACAGAACAGAACCGAAAUGGGACGGAUAAUCAGACUAAGUGACACUGCCAUUGCUCUGGAAUCAUUCAGAGGUUCAGAGAAUGAGACCAAUACACUUUACAAAGACUACAACGGUCUCCUGCAUGUUCGCCAGGUUCCGCGUCUUAACUGUCUGACGUGUGAGGUACCCGAUAUGAAAGACUUGGCUUUCAAACUCAAAAGGAAGCAGUUCACAAUUGAGAGACUGCAUUUGCCUCCAGACCUGUCAGAGACGGUGAGUUGAGUGAGUAAAUCAGAACUGGCAGCAGGAUGUUGUACCACUGCCACGGGCAACAAGCACCUAGAUUUCUAGCGUUUUCCCUCCCUCCUGUACCCUUCCCCUUUUCAAUUCCCAACACAGUGAUGUUCAAGGGCGGGAGAGCUACACUUCACUAGAACUAGGUUAUGGUCACAGCUGUACUGACAUGGUUACCGUGAUUCCUAGUCUUAAAACGGCACAUUGUUUAGUAAAUACACAACAUGGUGAAGGAUGCAAGUCCCAAUGGUAACUUGGUGGCAUGCAGAACUACAAAAACCUGUUGCUAUCUUUGGAUAGCUCAAGGAUGUGAUGCAAAUAAUUUUAACAUGGUUUGUGUACUGUCUUUUCAGUGCAUUUGAGAAUUUCUGCAUGAGCUGUGUCUGGCUUGCUGAUGUUCAUUAGCUUGUUGGCUAAUAAAUAUAUGCAGUCAAUAAAUGUUCUAAAAGUGCUGCAAAAAAGUCAUGGUUUUUCUUGAUUAAUUUAAUUUUACAUGUUGAAUACAAAUUAAACUGUAUCAACAGUAUCUGAUGCCUGAUGUCAUAUACCAUAGAAAAAAAUUCAGACUCCUCCUUCAGUGUUUUAAAAAAAAACAGCAUACAAAUCCUUAAUAGUUAUGUGCUUACAGUGUAAGUCUAUGGGACAGCGUGGAACAAGUGCCACAUAGAAGUGGAUUUCCAGAUUUGUUCUGGGGUAAUUCCUAUGUCUCCGAUGUUCUAGUGCUUAAAUUGUAUAACCUAGAGCAUUCGUUUAAGCUGAAUGAUUAUAUUCUGGGUUUAUAAUCUUGAUCUGUUCAGGAUAUAAUUAAUUAAAGCAUGGAAUGUUUUCUUUUGAAAACAUUGAUUAUACAUGUACUUUAAGCCCUUUGUCAUUUAUUUGGUUCUUUUCACUGGACAAAUAAAGAAUCUAUGUCUUCAAAUUGUUCUCAGUCUCCCAACAGAUGGUUGCCAGUGUGUUAGAACUCUUAAACUCAGAGAUGAGAGACACUGGUGCAAAUCUAUGAGGCCGCACUUCAUAGCUCAUCAGGGCAGCUACACACAGUCUUUGUGUUUUUAUGACAGGUCCAUGGCGAUGAAUUAGGUCAGAGGUUGUCAUGGAAAUAUAUUCAAAUACAAGACUGGAGAUGUUUUUUUUUGUUUUUUUUUGCUUUGGUGAUAUCAUUUUGAGCACUCUUGUUUUCUGAGAGUUGCCUUAGUACUUCGCUUUUCGCCGUUUUCACUUUACUGUCAUAUCUCAUGCAUUUGUGUGAAUGUUUAAAAUGGAAGAUAGCUAUUUUAUAUAUAUAUAUAUAUAUAUAUACAUGUAUAUUCUUGAUAUGUACCAUUUUCUUAAGACAGUAUCUUCCAAAGUCCAAAAUAAGAUGUAAUAAUUUGCCAUGUUAUUACUGUAUAAUAAGAGCUUUUUUGCAUUUGUAAUAUUCAGAUUUACAUUUCAGCUGACUUGACCUUGCUUGACUUUGCUUGAAAUGUAUUUGUAAUGAAAAAAAUCCCAUCAUGCACAAAUUAUUCAUUUUUGGUGUUGAAUAAAUCUGCUUGUGACUGCUUGUGACUGCAUUUACGAGACCGACGUGUUAAGUGUGUUCAUAUGCACACAUUACCUUUUCAUAGUCUUGUUUUCAUUAUCUGUUAAUGGAUUUAGCUGUGUCAGUGUUCACAGUCUUCAUUGUAACAAUCUGAAUGUAUGUUUACUACUAUAGAUCCUAAAUUAUGGACUUUUUUUGGGGACCUCAAUUUAUUUUGAUAUGUUGUAGAAGUGAGAUCAGCAGACUUUGAUCCAGUUCUUUUAUAAUGUUUCUGACACAUAACUUGUUUUUUUUUUUUUUACAACAUCAACAAUUUCGUUUAUAAUGUAUAUCUAUAAGAUAAAGUGUGCCAUUUAGGGGCUUUAUUUUGAUUUUAUUUAUUUAUGUACUGUAUUAUUUAUUUAUAUUUACAAUUUUUAAUCACAGUUACUUUAAUUUAUUUGUAUUUUAUUUGUAUUUAUUUUUUGUACAGUUCACUAAAAAAAGUCCUGUGACAUGAAAAAUGAAUUUUUCAAAAGUACAAUUAUUUCAUGUGUUUUUUCGAUUAAAAUGAGCUCAAACCUUAAACAGCAUUUUGCUAAUUCUUUUGUAGUUAUUAUGUAUGCAGUUUAUUUUUAUUUUUUUAUUUUUUUACCAUAUUUAUUAAAAAACUACAUGGAAUAGUUUUACUUGUAAUAAUUCAUUUGUCACACUGCAGGACCAUUUCAAAUGAACUAGUGAAGAUCAUGGACAUAUUAUUUGUCAACUGUCCAUGUUCAAUACUGAAAACUCUUCUUGGUCGUCCGAUAAAGAGCAUGUAGCUUGAAAUGUCAUGUUUUUGUCUCUUGGUAAGCUUUUUAAAUUUAUUUGAGAGUAACUUUGGUGUGUGUUUUCAUCUGUAUAUUUUUGAGUCAUGCACCUGCAUCAACAAAAAAAUGUUUUCCAUGAUUUUUGACUCUUGUUGGUAGUGAAAUAUAACAGUUCUGUCCCAGUAUUAAAACA